AUGCUCAGGGCAGUCAAAAAGGUCCUAGGUCACCUCUCCGACCACGAGACUCCCAGUGCAGAGUAUCUAGCGUUGAAGGUGGAGGAAUGCGAGAACGGAGAAUUCCCCGCAGCUAGCUUGGAUGAGGUAUCCUCAAAGGCUGAUCGCAAUACAUCAGCCCUACAGACUUCGCUGGACAGCACGGGACAAGUGCGAAUCACCAAAACAAAGGCCAAGGGGAGACUUCCAGAGAAUACAGAAGAGUACCGGAGGCUCAUGAAGUUGGAAGCCACUACAUGGCUUUGCAUGCCUUCGAAGUUCAAGUCUGAACACUUCUUGGCUGGCUUGAAGAUGGAGGACUUCAACCGCUUUGUGGAGUACCUCUUGGGGGAGAAAGUCCAUGGGAUCAAAGUUCCUUUGGAUGGGUUGCAACAGCCACUGCGGCCUCCUUUUGCCUUGGUGCUCCAGUAUGAGCAUCGCCUGAGACGUGAAGCUUUCAAGUUGGUCAACAAAGGGGAGAAGACGUUAGCAGAGGCCUUGGAGGCCGUGACAAAAGAUGCCGAGCUCAAAGAAUCAUACUUCACCACCCCGCUUGCCUUGACCAACCAUGACCCAGCACGAGGUGGCAGCCAACGCACCUUCUCCUAUGACAACAGAAAGGGCAAGUCCAAAGGGUUUGGCAAAGCACGGGGCAAAUUUGACAAAGGCAAAGGGAAAACCUCUGGAAAAUCCAAAGGAAAACAUGGUGAUCACCACUUGGUCACCCAUUCUCCAGAUGGGAGAGAGUUCUUCUUUGCCUUCAACAGCCAGGGAUGUGCGGGAAAAUGCGGCAGACUGCACAUAUGCCGCAUCAAAGGAUGCUAUGGUGAACAUGCGGCCAGGGAACACGAUCUUUGCAAAGAUGUUCCCAAAGGCGGCAACAAAGCAGAGCCUCGCAAGGCCGACAUCAAGCACUAUCUCCAGGAGUUUGGCUUGGAGAACAAUUUUGAUUUUCAUGUUCGAGAGGUCGAUGUGGAACGACAGGGUUCGGUUCAACUGGAAAGCUUCGCCGGGCCCACGGCCACUACGAAACUUCAACUGGCCACGGGGGUUCCCAUGGCUUACAGGCUUGCAGAGACCUGCCACACGCUACAUGGCCAGUCUUCAGCGAAGACAGUUACCUGGGCCCACUACCAACUUCAUGUGGGCAUUCUACACACGCCAAGCGCCUCUUGGGCCAACUGCCUAGUGGAAAAUGGGCGACGGAGGGAUCAGCAGCUUACCCUCCUGCUCUUUGCAAAUACCUUGCCGGGCUCAUCGCCGGUACGGUGGGGGGGUCUCCAGAACUCUUCACUCGGCUUGCCUGCUGGGAAUGUUGCACAAGGUCGACCACCACCUGUACCAGAGCAACCACAGCGGCCCCCUACAACGACAGAGGCCCAACAUCCAGAGGCUGGGACAGAUGAGCAACAGACUCAAGAAGAGGAUGUGUCAAGCAAAGGGUUGGAAGAAACUUGCAACAAAGGAAAGCCAUUGAUGGUUGAGUGGGGCGGCCGAUCCAAGCCUUUGGUCGAUGGUUUUGGCCUUUGCUCAGCCAAUCGUUGGCGCCCAGAGGACAGAGGUGCCUACCUUACCAGGGAGUUUGUCACAGAGCAGAUUGCUGAUUUGAGACAGGAAGCUUUCCACUUGGCGUUGGGGCGGCUUAAGGGCUCACCAUUGUCGGAAGUAGCUCUACAGGGCCUAAGAGAGAGGUGGGCCAAUUUGUUACCAUCACCUGCAGGCGCCAAGGAGCUCGCAGAGGGCCAACCUUUCUACUUGUUUCCUGUGGGGCUGGACGAGCCGCUACCUAGAGUUCCGGCCGUGUUUCCUCCGAAAGAGAAGCAUCGCAAACUGGAUGACUCUGAAUACAUGCCCUUCUCUGACAACUAUAAGUCGGCUGAGCUGGUGGCGGAGGAGAUGGAGAACAAGUUUAGAGAAGAAGAGAAGCUAGGAAGGAUGUAUCCGACAACCUUGGGAGCGCUGAAGGCCAAACACCCGGACAGGGAAAUACUGGUGGCAUCCAUAGGUGCCAUACAGAAGCCCAAUGGAGACAUCCGCCCCAUACACGAUGCAACCCACCAUGUCCAGCUCAACAACAGGAUAAUUUUCAGAGACCAGUUGCAGUACCCAGGACCAGAAGACGCGGCAGGCGUCAUCCGGGAGGUGACGGAGACCAAGGAGGCCAUGUUUUCUAUCUCAGCUGACAUUAAAUCAGCACACCGUUUGGUGAAACUGCGGAGCAGGGACCACCCUCUCAUUUGCUGCAAGGCCUCGUCUUCUUCAGACACCAUCUGGGUCAACACGGUGGGCACCUUUGGCGUUUCCAGCGCCUCCUAUUGGUGGACGCGACUCAUGGGAACCAUUGGAAGGCUGGUGGGUAAUGCAAUGGGAACCGAUUGCAACUACCAGCUUAUCUAUGUUGAUGAUUUGCAUGUGGUGGUGUUUGGGGAACGGAAGUUCCUGACUUUGUGGAUGAUGCUUGCAGCCUAUGAGGCCCUGGGUACACCUUUUCAAUAUGCGAAGUUUGCAGGUGGAAUAGAGGUUACGUUUGUAUGCUUUCAGCUUGACUACGGGCGUUGCAAAAUGGGUGUGACGGCCAAGAGAGGCCUUUGGUUGUUGAACUUUAUAAAGGAGCUGGAAGAAGCACGAUACACAGUGCACAUGCGGGGCUUUGGUCGACAUGUUUCGGAGUGGCAGGGCUUCGAUGUGCCACAUGACUUGGGUGGCUUGAGGAUUGAAGAGAUCCAAGAAGUUUUGGCUCCGUUCGGUGUUCUUGUGCCUGCCGACCUUGCCCUUCUUCGCCGUCGGGGUCAGACUUGCUUGAAAAAGCGCAACUCUCGCUUCUUGGAUCCCUCGAACGUUUUGCCGCCAAAACUGCAACGGCCAGAUGGGCGCCGCCUUCUGAACGGCGGCGUCCAAAUUGCAUCUGCUCUUGUUCGGGAAGUUGUCGUGGACAAGUGGCCCCUCCUCUAUUCUGAGUUGUCUGCCGUCUGCCUUGCCGCCGAGCCAGCAAUCCCAAUGGCAGGGCUCUUUGGCCGCCUCCUUGUCCAAUCAGUUCGAGUUUGGCACUUUGUCAGCAGCUUUGCGGCUUUGCGGUCUUUUCGCCGCUUGGUCCACUGGCUUGCUGACCAAACGUUGCCGCUGGAAUGCCCUGAUCCUUCAACGCUGCGGGCCUUCCUGGACCUGCAGCGCGAACGUGGCCCCACUGUGCCUGCUGCAGUUUUACGGCAGUUUAUGUGGUUUGAGACUCAACUUCGUGUGCCUUUCCAUGCUCGCCCUUUGCUUGCAGAUUUCUUAACUCAGAAGGCGGCCCCGCUGCCAACCCAAGCAGAAAUUUUGACACCUGCUGCCUGGAACCAUUUGCUCUCCUUGUGUAGCACCAGCAGCUCUGGGUGGAACGGCUUACAAGUGGCAGCGGCCAUGGUGAUUCGCUAUGUCAUUUCCGGACUUCGCUUCAAGCAUACCCAACGGGCUGCUUUUGCUCCCGACCUGUCCUCCGGCAGAACUUUAGUUUGGAAAGUAAGUCAGCAAAGGAAAGGAUGGUCAACCAUUUGCUGUCUCUUUGCCAACGCACAUCAGCCCCAAGUGGCCUUUGCUUAG